GCGGCUCCUGCCGCCACCCAGAGUGGGGACCCAAGGGCUGGGUAUAAAUCCCCACAGGCGGCCGGCGGAGACCGCAGCCGCUCGGCUUAACUCGAGGGAUGGCCGUCCCCAGGGCCCUGCUGGCCCUGCUGCUCGCCGCAGCCUCGGCUGUGAGCCUGGGUGAGGCCUUAAGUUGCAUCACCUGUGAGCAGCCCACAGCCCUUCCUCUGUGCAAGAACAUUACCUACUGCAAGCCGGACGAAAUAGCCUGCAAGACCACGCUGAUGACGAUGGAGGCAGAGUUCCCCUUCAAUGAGAGCCCUGUGGUGACCAGCACCUGUGCCAGCUCUUGCGAGGCCACCGACCCAGACAGCAUCGGGGCUGCCCACCCCAUCUUCUGCUGCUUCCAUGACCUCUGCAACUCCGUGGGCAUUGCCAGGCUCAGUGCCGGGGCCCUGGCCCCCCUGGGGGCCGUGGUCCUCAGCCACCUCCUUCCCUGAGGCACCCAACGCUGCCAGCUGGCCACUCUGUUGGCACAAGCCCACGGCCCAACCUCAGUGGGCACCAGGCUACUGGUGGGACCCUGGGGGAGAAUCGUUUUGGGGUGCACUCUGCCCUCCUCCCCUAAACCUGUGGAAUACAUAAAUAGACCGAGGCUGGA